CCGUCCGUCUCCAUGGCAACGGUCAACCAAACAAUACUUUAGGAGAAUGACGGAUAUGGCGGAGCCGAGGACGAAGGACCCCCAACCGCCACCCCGGGUCCGAAGAGUCUUCAUCAACCACAUCGACUGCUACGCGUCCAAAUGCAUCGCCACGUGUCUGUCUGAGGGCGUGGGCGGACAGACGGAGGACAAGGACGAGGAGGAGGAGCUCGAGAUAACCACCCAUAGCGCCGCGACAGCUUUUCGCGUCGUAGGAACCGUCAGUGGCACGCAUGGAGUGGCCCUUCCAUGUGUUGUGGAGGCGUAUUUACAACCCAACAGGAAUGAGCUCCUGGCAAAGCUGAUGGCCUGCGACGUGAUCAUCUACAACAUUACCCAGCAUGCUGAGCAGGUGGAUGAGGCCAUGUGGGCCGUUUCAGCUCUCCACAAUGAGAUGGGCCGUUUUUCCGGAUCGAAGAUGUUCAUCCUGGUCUCCACGGUGAUGACCUGGGCGUGCAGCGAGUCGCUCAGUUCUGAUUUUACUGAUGAGCAUUUCUUGAAAAGAAGAGCACAUCCCAACUUCAAACCCCACAUUGACCUGGAGAAGAAGGUGGCCCACAUGGGGAAAACUAAGAGGGAAUUGUUCUCCACAUACGUGGUGGCGUCAGGACUUCACUACGGGAGGGGAGAGCAGGUCUUCCACUACUUCUUCAAGACAUCAUGGCUGGGACUCGAACAUGAAAUACCCAUCUUUGGAGACGGCACAAACAUCGUCCCCACAAUUCACGUCAGUGACCUGGCAAGUGUGAUCCUGAAUGUGAUUAAACACCAGCCCGAGCCUUAUUACCUUCUAGCUGUGGACUCUUCCAGAAAUACUUUGGAGCAGAUUGUGAAGGAAGUUGCCUCGAUAUUUGGACAAGGGAAAGUCCAGAAGAGACCUUUUGAGGAGGCCUAUCUCACAGAGGACUUGAGUACGGUGGAAAUCGAUUCCUUGCUUGUCAACCUCCGCAUGGAGGGUGUCCAACUCAAGGAACUGUUCUCCAUCGACUGGCUGUGUGAGACUGGUCUGGUGAACAACAUGGAGCUGGUGGUGGAGGAGUACCAGAAAGCCAGGGGACUUCUGCCCCUCCGGCUUUGUGUGCUGGGGCCUCCUGCGGUGGGGAAGAGCACAGUGUCCAGACAGAUCAGUGAAUACUACAAGGUCCAGCACGUCACACUGAAGGAGACCAUCUCGGAAAGCAUCUCACAACUGGAAGAUAAUGUGAGGAAUGCUGAUGUAGUGGAGGAGAACUCUGCAGCAGAGGCCAAGGAGCUUCUGAAUAGCCUGAAGCACAGUAUGGAGGAGUACGGAGGACGUUUGGAUGACCAGCUGUUGGUGAAGGUGGUGAGGGACAAGCUGAUGUCUCCUCCCUGCAGAAACCAGGGUUUUGUUCUGGACGGCUUCCCUAAGACAUACAAACAGGCCAGAGAGCUCUUCUAUGCUGAAGAACAUGAACCAGAAGACGGAGAUACCCAGAUGUCUUCAUGCAGGAAGAAGAUUAUGCCAGAGUUUGUGUUGUGCCUGGAUGCGUCGGACGUCUUCCUGCAGCACCGCGUGAUGAUGCUGCCCGAGAGGCUGGUUCAGGAGCACGACUACGAGCAGGAGAUCUUCCAGCAACGACUGGCCACAUACAGAGGGAACAACGUGGAGGAUGAAACUGUGGUGAACUACUUUGAUGAGCUGGACAUCUCCCCUCUGUACCUGGAGAUCACCAGUAACGAGGAACCUGACCACCUGCUGAUGAUGCAGAACAUCUUUGACACAGUGGGCCAGCCCAGGAACUACGGCCCCAACGGCCAGCAGGUGGAGGGAGAGGAGAGGAGGAAGGCUGAGGAGAAGAUGAGGAGAGAAGCCCAGGAGAAAGCUGAGGAGGAGAGGCAGGAGGUAGAGGAGGAGAGGCACACGGCAGCACAGUGGGAAGAGUGGACUCGCCGUUUGCAGGAGGUGAGGCAGCAGGAGAAGGAGGUGCUGGAGGCCGAGUCAGCCCCUCUGAGGAACUACCUGAUGGAGCAUGUCAUGCCCACUCUGUCCCAGGGCCUGAUCGCAUGCUGUGCAGCCCGCCCACAGGACCCCGUGGACUUCCUGGCGGAGUUCUUGACAAGGAACAAUCCCAUCAACCAGUGAAAAUGGAGCUCCUCUUCGCCCGUUCAACCUAAUGCAAAUCAAAAAUAAACAAAAUAAACAAUG